AUGGACUUGACUUGUGUUCCCACUGGCAACACGUCCCUGCAACAGACUGAUGCGCCCGGUGCAGCUGAACAGCAGACAAUGAGCGUUUAUCUCAGAGUGAGGCCUUUCUCUAAAGAGGAGCUCUCUAACAAUGAGGAUCAGGCUUGUGUUGUGAUUGAAAACAGCCAGACGGUGACACUGAAUGCGCCAAAAGGUUCUGCCACCAUGAAGAGCAGUGAGAAAGGAAUUGGCAUGUCACUCCACAAAUUUUCUUUUUCACAGAUUUUUGGGCCUGACACAACACAGGCUGAGCUGUUUGAGAACACAGUCAAAAGCCAAAUGAGUGAUUUCUUGGAUGGGAAGAAUGCACUGAUAUUCAGCUAUGGUGUAACCAAUGCUGGGAAAACCUUCACAAUCCAAGGAACUCCAAAAGAGCCAGGAAUACUGCCUCGAGUGCUGGAAAGCACUUUUCAGUACAUUGAAGAACAUCAGUAUCAGGGAAUGGACCUGAAGCCCUACCUCAGGAAUGGUGUGCAGUCUCUGGAUUUUGACCUAGUAAAGCAGGAAAGAAGCACUAAAGCUGCCAUUUUUGCUUCAAUUAAAGAAGAGUGUGAUUCUCUCAGAGUCAGUAGUUGUCUAGAGUCUUGUUUGGCCAGCUGUCUUUCAUCCUCUUCUGCAUCUUCAACUCAAACGGUGCUGACCAGUAACCAGACAGAAGCAAAUGACAGCCAGUUUGCCUUAUGGGUGGCUUUCUUUGAAAUCUACAAUGAGUAUGUGUACGAUCUUCUCCAGCCAUCUUUGUACUCCAAAUCCAAGAAACGUGCCUGUCUCCGUGUAUGCGAUGAUGGUGCUGGAAAUGCUUAUGUUAAAGACCUCAUUUGGAUCAACAUUCAUAACCUGGGUGAAGCCUCCAAGCUGCUACAGUUUGGGAAUAAAAACAGAAGUGCUGCAGCCACAAAGAUGAACCACUCAUCUAGCCGAAGCCACAGCAUAUUUACCAUGAAGUUACUGAGGAUCAAUGGAGGGACGGCUGAAAGGGUCUCUGAGUUCUCCCUCUGUGAUCUGGCCGGCUCAGAAAGAUGCAACAAAACAAAGACAUUUGGAGAGAGGCUUAAGGAGGCGGGUAACAUUAAUAAUUCCCUGCUUAUUUUGGGGAAGUGUAUCACUGCACUCCGCAACAGUGGGCCUGACAGAACGAGGAGCAGCUACAUCCCCUUCCGAGAAAGCAAGCUCACCAAGCUGUUCCAGGCUUUCUUCUGCGGGAAGGGAAGACCCUCCAUGAUUGUCAACAUUAACCAGUGUGCUUCCACCUACGACGAGACUCUCUAUGUCAUGAAAUUCUCAGCUGUUGCCAAACAGGUGGUGCAGGUGAUCCCAGAUAAGGCUCUAGAAUCUCUGGCUCCUCGUCUCGUGGGUCAUGAUGGCAAGCCCCUGCUGAGGAACGGGGUGAUUGACAGCGACGUCCUGGAGAGUUACCUGUCUGAAGAUGAGCUGCUUGAUGAAGAAGAGGAGGCUGACAUGUCUUUGUUGCCACAGAGUGAACUUUUGAAUAUGGUUGAGAAUUUAAGAACAAAGCUACUGGCUGAGCGAAGAAAAAACCUGCUGCAGGAAAUCGAAAUUCGCAAAGAAAUGGGAGACGCCAUGUUGCAGCAGCUGAUGGAAAGUGAAGAACUCCGCAAUCGUCAGAUCGAAGAGCUGAAGGAGAGCUACCAGGACAAACUGGAAAAUACAUUUGAGAUGUACAAGGAUGCUAUUAAAGAACAUGCUUAUCAGAGCGCUAUGACUAAUCUGGAGGAUAACUAUGUACCGCUCGAUGAGUUCACUGCAGAACAGGAGAAAGUGGAGGCCCUCAGGCGUAAAGUGUCAGGGUUGGAGGCCUUGACUUCAAGGACUGGUGUAGUUCCUGCUGCUCCAACCGUGGAUCAAUCGAGCCAGACUGAUCCACUGAAAGAGGCAGGAGAAGCAGGAGAUGAUCGAUACAGGCGCCUUCACAGAGAGAAAUGUGCCAUAGAGAGGAUGUGUGAGGAUAAACAACAGCUUAUUUUGUCCCUGGAGAAAAGGCUGAUGGAGCUUAAUGAAACGCUACAGAAGGUCAGAGAUGGUUUUCUGGAGAAAUCAGCUGAUCUUGAGGCUCUGCAGAGGACGGCUGACGAUCAGAAAAAAUCCAUGGAAGAGAUCCUACACCAAAAUGUGGAAAAAGACAAGGAGAUUGUCUCGCUCAAGGCAGAAGUUGCCAAGCUCUCCCAGAAGUCCCCUGUGCAAGCAAAGACCAAGCGAGGUCUUCUCGCCAACAUCAGGGAGGCUGUCACGUCACCACGGAAGGGAACGUCUGCCCGAACACUGAGGAAAACGGGCAAGACUGUACACCAUUGAAAGCCCAGUAGCUGUACAACAACUGCACUCACCCGGUUAGUGCAUGAAAAUGUCCUCCUUUCAACUGAGGAAAAUUGCAUUUGGUUUUUAAGAACUUCCUUUGGAUUUGAAGAAAAUCCCC